CCGGAUUCGGAGCAGCUGGUCCACCUGGCACAUCUGGCCAAGGCCAUCCCCGACGACGAGGUCCAGGAGGCGGGCAAGAGGAUGUCUCAUCGGUGUCUGACCCUGAGAAAGCUGCUGAUGAGUUCGGGCCCCGUGGCCGUCGGCCCCCUCCAGCUGGCGUUGCAGUGGCAGUAUGAGCUGCUGCGCGGCGGCGGCGAUCGUCACUCCGACGGCGCCGUGGUUGCCGGGGACGCCGGGCAGUGGCAACGCGGUCGGGAGGCGGCCUCGCCUCCGGCAACGGAGGGCAGACUCCCCUCCCUCAGCUCAUUCGACUCGGGCUUCGACGGCGCCGUCGGCAGCCAGCAGGAGGCGUGGGGGGACGGCGCCGGGACCAGGGACUCUGUGGAUUUGAGGCCCGCUCUCCUAGGCGACGCCCCCGCUGUUUCUGACCGCGUGGGCGCCGUGGGGAACUCCCCGCCGGGGACCAGCAUCCAGAUCGUCCCGAGUGUGACCGCGGAUUCCCUCAACCUGGAGAUCAAAGUGAAGCGCUCGGCGGCGCCGCCCGACAACCCGUGGCUCGGCUUGCCGGUGGACGAUCUGGAAAACUCGUACACGGUCACCAUCACGCAGAACCCGACGCCGCGGAAGCGGGAGCUGCGACCUCGCGAUCCCGCCGCCGCCGGGCCUCGGCCCGCGCAGACGGAGGCCGCCGUGAGCGCGGACUGGCCCGGUUUGGAGGAUCCGGAGCUGAGUCCGAUUCGCGACGUCCUCUCCAGCACCAUCAUGGAUGGAAGGGACAAGUCCAUCUGCUCCACGGAGGGGGUUCCUACGCUCCUCUGGGACUCGUAUGACCUCCACGACCAGAGUCCGGACGCCGUGGACGGUGAGAUCGACAUCUCCCUGAAUGACUGGCAUGUGAAGGAGCAGGAGGACUUGAGGGCGGUGGAGGAGAUCCUGGACCGGGCUGAUGACAUCCUGGAGAAAGAAGAACACGUUCUGACUCAGGAGGCCGUGCUGGACGCCUUGCUGAGCUCGGAGGACGGGCGCCAUCAGUGGCCGCCGUGGAGCAGCGAAGAUCAGAUCUGUGCGAUGUCGUCUAGCGAGCUGGCUGAAGCCGGUGUCCUUGGCCUCGAGGAUUACGGCGACCCUGCAGAGUCCGACCACCUCGAUGAGUCUGCAAGCGAAUCCGAGGCGUUUGAUGCCGCGGGAGAGUUUCACCUGCUGGCGGAGCUGAGGAAGGUCCACAUCCUGGAGGAGCUGAUCGUGCAGGAGAACCUCCUGAUCCGGCAGCUCCGAUGCUGCGAAGAGGAACUCGCCGCGGGCGAACCUCCGGAUGCAAACGGGCCGCCGGGCAUCGGCCAGGAGAGGGAGGCUUUUCAGCGUCGACUGGAGGAGGAGAAACGGGAGGUGGAGAAGCUGGAGGAGAGUUUGGAUAAAGAACGUCGGGCGAAGCGACACAAGGACGGAGGAGCCAGAAGGGUCGUGAAAUGCUCCGCGAUGGAGAAGGCUGGGAGUGAGACGAAGGAGGACCGAGCGAUCUGCGACGAGCUUCUAUCGGGUAGCUGCCGGUCACAGAGGACGAAUUCGACGCCUCGGGAGACGUGUAGCACUGAACAUCUUCGAGCGGCGUCGGGUUCCGACGUCGCCAAAGAGCCUCAGAACCCAACGUCGGAACCACGAGACUCGGAUCGACUUCCGGAUCGUCAAGACGAUUGCUUCUCGGCAUUUCAUAAAACCGCCUCUGAUUUGAAGGAAUCUCCCGAAGAGGCGGGAAUCCAACCUCGGGGAUACAUCCCCGAGAACCAAUCGGACGAGUCUCGCGACGGUGCUUCUUCGCCCUCUCGAGUGAGACCGGACGUCGGGGCGUUUGACCCGGGAGGGAACUGGCGCCUUCCUCCUGAACCAGAGCCCGGCGGGGAAGCUCCACUUCCCGAGAAUUGCGGCGAUCUCGCCGAGCACGAACAUCCACCUCCUUCCACGGAGCUGGAUCCUGAGGAUGCAGCGCCGGACGUCGGUCACGACUUUGUUGUCGAUCCAAAUGUGAAGGAACCCAGCGACGACGACCAUACGCUCGCAGAAAAAUGCAACGUUUCAUUCGACCCCUUAUCGGAAACGACCACCAGAGGGGAAGACGAUGCAUCCGAAGUGGCGGAAGAUGUCCAGACUUCAUCCGCUUUACUUCGCGAGCAGUCGGCGCCGCGGCCACCUCCCGACCGGCCUCUGAAGUUUGACCCCGGUGGCGGAGACGAGCGGCGGGAAGACUUCGCCGAUGGCGUUCGGGGCUCUGGGGCCAUGAGGGGAUCCGGGUCGCCGGGAUUCAGGCCGAGCUUAACCUCAACACGAGAGAGAUGACAGAUUUCAAGACCCCCAUAGUCCUGGAUACCGGGUCUGGUUUGAUGAAAGCCGGAUUUGCAGAUCAAGACCUCCCAAACGUUAUAUUCCCAACCAUCAUCGGGUUGCCAAAAUAUGAGG